AUGUGGCGCGACCGCAUUUCAGGCCAGACAACUCCCGCCGGAGCAAAUAGCCGCAACCUCUCCCCCUACCACGACGAUCAUCCUCCCAGCUCUCCCCGAGCCCUCAUAGCCGACCUGGCGGCCUCCUCGACAUCUCUUCUGGCGACUCCAAAUGAAUCCACGACAUCCUUACCAGGCACAGCGCGCGCAACCAAUGGCUCACCGCUGAAGCAAACAAGCAUUCAACGUCCGCGACCGGCCAAUGUUCCCGAUCCGCUGGAGGUGCUCAACGGAAUCAUUGGCAAAGAAGCUCAAAUUGCCAAGAACGUGCCUACCUUGUCGUCCGAUGUGGAAAAGCCAGCGCAAUUGGUGGAAACUAUUCGCUUUGAUGGGCUAAGUCUCGAGGACUUCUUGGAAAAGGAGGAACCGGCACCGCGGAGAAAGACCCGGCAUAACGAUAUCAAUGCACAGACAGUUCACCAGUUUGAACAAGAGCGGGACAAGUUCCAAGAGCUACACACGUCCAUCACCGGCUGCGAUGAGGUCUCCAAGUCAGUUGAGCUGUACUUGAAUGAUUUCCAGAAUGAACUAGGUGCCGUUUCCGCAGAGAUCGAGACCUUGCAAUCUCGAUCAACCCAAUUGAAUUCAAUGUUAGAGAAUCGGCGCAACGUGGAGAGGCUGUUAGGGCCCGCUGUGGAGGAAAUCAGUAUCUCCCCCAAAGCCGUGCGGACCAUCGUUGAGGGCCCCAUCGAUGAGAACUGGGUGCGCGCUUUGAAUGAAAUUGAUACUCGAACGUCAAAUAUCGAGGCAAAAGCAGCUGCAUCUAACAAUGGGUUCAAGGCGGUGGAAGAUGUUCGGCCCCUCUUGACAGACGUGAAGAACAAAGCUAUUGAGAGAAUAAGAGACUACCUGGUGUCUCAAAUUCGUGCAAUGCGAUCACCAAACAUUAAUUCGCAGAUCAUUCAACAACAACGCUUGGUGAAGUUCAAAGACCUAUACAGCUAUCUUUCGAAAGCCCACCCAAAGCUAGCAGGAGAGAUCUCUCAGGCUUAUAUCAACACAAUGCGCUGGUAUUACACUUCGCAUUUCACGCGUUAUCUGCAAGCACUGGAUAAGGUCAAGGUCUACCCCCCUGACAGAAAUGAGGUGCUUGGAGGUGAUCCCUCCACACACCGGACAGGUAACAUCAUUCCCGGCGGCCGAGCUGGCUCUGUCGCACACGACCCCUUUUCUUUGGGCAGACGGAUUGAUAUUCUGCGCACCGGAAACCUCCAAGCUCUAUCCUCUUACCUGGCUGAGGAGGAUAAUACUUUCCAUGGAAUUGAAGUCCCCUUCCGAAACUUUAACCUUGCAUUGGUGGACAAUGUUUGCUCCGAAUACUCUUUCCUGACGGAGUUCUUCUCCGCGAAAACAUUCCAUCAAAUCUCUCGCAAUGCCGUGGAAAUCUUCCAACAGGUCUUCAGUUUAGGCCAGGGCUUGACUAAGAAGUUGAUUGAGCAAACGACAGACUCUCUAGGUGUUUUAAUGUGUGUUCGUCUCAAUCAGCAUUCAGCAUUUGAGCUCCAGCGCCGCAAAGUCCCAGUCGCAGACUCCUAUGUGAAUGGAACGAACAUGCAGUUAUGGCCGCGUUUCCAAGUCAUCAUGGACCACCAUGGCGAAUCGCUCAAACGCGUCGGGUCCAAUACUGGGCGAAGUGCCGUUUCGGCGCUUUCUAUCGCAGGCGGAGAUGACUUGAAACAGUCAUCCGCACCGCACUUCUUGACCCAACGAUUCGGACAACUUCUCCAUGGAAUUCUGGUCCUGAGCAGCGAUGCCGGUGAUGAUGAGCCGGUAUCUAACAGUUUGGCUCGGUUAACAGCUGAAUUUGACUUGCUCCUCGCCAAGUUGAGUCGUAAUGGCACUGAUGCUAAACGGAGAGAGCGUUUCCUUUUCAACAAUUAUUCAUUGAUUCUUACCAUCAUUAGUGAUACCCAGGGCAAAUUAGCGAACGAACAGAAGCAGCAUUUGGAUGAGAUGUUAAAGAACAGCACCAAGCGAUAG